CAGGAAUAAUGGACCUAUGCAAUCGAGAAGGGGAGAUUCAGCUGGUGCAGCCUCCCAUCUCCGGCUAGAGAGAGCUGCACCUGUUGGCCUUCUGCACAGAAAACCCAUCUGCCGCAGGGGAGAGAAGGCAGAGCCAUCAAGCGGGCUCCCCGCACCAUCGGAAGGCGCCGAUUAACAUCUCCAAGAAGUGUAACGUGUAGCCACGUCCGUUCUAGCAGGCGCGCUCCCCGCCCGAUCCACCUCCGUUCCUUCUCCGGCGGGCAGGCUCCACCUUCGGUCUCCGAUCUUGCACCGGAGCCACUGCGCUCCUUACGCCCAUUCUCGCCCGCCCUUUCAUAGCGACGGCGCCUCAAAGCACUGGCAGUGCGGGAGAGGCGGCAGCGACAGCAGCGGCGGCAGCAGCUCUCCAGCCGGCUCCCUCCAGUCUCUGUAGCGCGUGAAAACGACGCCUCGGGCAGCAGAUAUGAUGACCCAGUGGAAAGAUCAAAUUUUAUUUGGCCUUCUCUUCCAUUUGGCCUUCUGCUUUGUAUAUGGCUUCCCUGCUGAUUCCGGGACUGAAUUCCGAUCUGCCUUCUCUGUCGCUAGGACCAGCAGCAUGGAAGGAAGCACCGAGAUGGUGAUCACCUUUGAUAAGGUCUAUGUAAACAUAGGGGAUGACUUUGACCCCAAAGCUGGACUAUUUCGAUGUCGUAUCCCUGGAGCCUACUAUUUCUCCUUCACUGUCGGAAAGUACCCCAAGAAAAAUUUAUCAGUCAUGCUAAUGAGAAACAAGAAUGAAGUGCAGGCAAUUGUAUAUGAUGAACAUCACCGUAAAGAGCGAAAAGUGGCCAGCCAAAGUGCCAUGUUACAAUUGGACUACGGUGAUACUGUGUGGCUACGUUUACAUGGGGAUCCAAAGUAUGCCCUGUAUAGCAAUGUGGGCCCCUAUACAACUUUCAAUGGGUACCUCAUUUAUCCAGACACCUCUAGCUACUUUCAAAAUAGAGUAGGCUCUCCAGAACUAGGAAAAGAACCAUCUCAGCCUCCCUCUCAUGUUCUUCAGCAGCUUUCCAUCAACCAAAACCAAGUCUCAGAAAGACUCCUGCUUUCUGAUGAGCCAGCUAGACCACAGGAUCCUCGCUCUGCCUUUUCAGCUGCUCGUUCCGAAAGCCUCCUAGGAUCGGAUGAAAAGCAAACCCAGCAUGAGCCCAUCACAUUUGACACAGAGUUUGUGAACAUUGGGAAUGACUUCAAUUUUUCAACCGGCAUCUUUACAUGUCGUGUUCCAGGCGCCUACUAUUUUUCAUUCACCAUUGGUAAAAUGCCUUUCAAAACAAUGUCAGUAAAGCUGAUGAAGAACCACAAUGAAGUUCAGGCCAUGAUCUAUGAUGAUAACCACUCCAAAAGGCGGGAGAUGCAGAGCCAGAGCAUUAUGUUUCCUCUGCAAGCUGGUGACAUUGUCUGGCUCUACAGUCACCAGCAUGAUGGCUAUGGUGCUUACAGCAAUCAUGGCAAAUACAUAACCUUCACCGGCUUCCUUGUCUAUCCAGAGACUAAGACAAAAUUCUCUUCAGAUUCCAACAUUUCUCCAGGGUCAAAUCUCUAAAUGUGCAUAUACAACAUAAGCAUAAGAGUAUUCCAGAUGCAGCAGACUCUUGUGCAGAUCCUGGACAAAUACCAUUCUUCAUGUGAGAAGAUACAAGCAUGCUAUUACAUGUCCAGUGUAUUCCUUAUGGACACCUUCCUUGUGUUUUCUGCCUGCAGAGCCAUUGUUGUUUCUCUCAUUCAUCCCUAGAAUGACAUCCACAAGUUGGUGUGUUUUGUUCAUUAUUACUGUUAGACAUAAGACUAAAGCAUGAGUCAAUUUGGGGAGUAAAGGAAUAGGGGGAGAUAAAUGAGAUAUGCAAAUUAGGACAUUUGAAAAAUGCUGAAAAGGGUUAUAUGGUCAAAGGCUCCCUCUGCAGAACGUUUGAGAAUUGAUAACAUUCUGUUCAACUGUUGGCAAACAUCACAAGAGAGGGAUAGAUAUAAUGGGACACCAAAUAAAGCCUGAAACUAAAAGGAUUGUGUGUAUUUGUACAUUUGAUGUCGCAAUAUUCAAGCCUUUCCAUUCAUGAAAAAGGAUCCCAAGCUUUAAAUGUGUAGUAUGUUUGUAGUGUAUCUCCAAUAAUUGAAGAAUCAUUUGAUGUUUGAUAAAUUAAAAAGUACUGGAUAUUUUAAACAAA